AACUCACUUUAAAUAGAUUGCUUUGCAUAAACCCCCCAUCUAAAACCCAACUCCACCUCUCUUACUAAUCAUCAUGAGCAAUAUUCAAACAACCCAAAUCCAAGAACAAGAUCAAAAGGCCAAGAAUACUAACAAUAUACUUCUUUUAGUGGUUAAUUAUUCAUUUCUGUUCGUAGGUUCAAUUUCUUCUAGCUUGCUCUCUAAAUUCUACUUCAUCCACAAAGGUUCAAGUAGAUGGGUUUCUACAUGGGUUCAAACGGCUGGUUUUCCCCUUCUUAUCUUCCCCAUUUUCAUACCUUACUAUCUCUUCAAAUCCACAGAAAGAAAACCAUUCAAUGGAUUCACUUCAAAAAUGUUCAUUUUAUCAAUCUUGAUAGGGUUCAUGUUAGGUGUAAACAAUCUUUUAUUCUCAUGGGGUAAUUCUUAUCUUCCUAUAUCAACUUCUUCUCUUCUUUUAUCAUCUCAACUCGUAUUCAAUCUCAUCCUCUCCGUCAUCAUCGUCAAACAAACGAUCACUUUUCAGAAUCUUAACUGUGUUAUUCUCUUAACCCUAAGCUCAGUCCUGCUAGCAUUUGCUUCGGAUCAUGAUAGACCCCAGGGAUUAACUCCAGCUAAGUAUUUCAUAGGGUUCUUCUCUACUGUAGGAGCUGGUUUGUUAUUCGCCCUAUAUUUACCCAUCAUGGAGAAAAUAUACAAGAAUGUUUACUGCUACGCGAUGGUGAUCGAAAUGCAGCUCGUGAUGGAAAUCGCAGCCACCGCGUUAGCCAUCAUAGGGAUGGCAUCCGACCGCGGGUUCUCCGAGAUGAAGAGAGAGAGCAAAGGUGUGUUUGAUGAAGGUGAAAAAUGGUAUUGGAUUACAGUGUUUGGUAACAUAAUUACAUGGCAACUGUGUUUCAUGGGAACUGCAGGAAUGGUGUUUUUAACAUCAUCACUAACAGGAGGGAUAUGCAUGACUGCACUUCUAGCCAUGAAUGUGUUGGGAGGUGUUCUGGUGUAUGGAGAUGAGUUUGGUGGUGUGAAAGUGGUGUCCACUUUGCUUUGUGGUUGGGGUUUUUGUUGCUAUGUGUAUGGUAUGUAUGUUGAUAAUAGAAAGAAAUAUGAUGAAGAUGAGAAGAUAAAGGAGAAUAAAAAUCUUGGGAUUGAGAUGGUUCAUGUUGUACAAGGAGCAAAUGUGGUUUGAUGGUUAUCACUAAUUUAAUGCUUUAUUUUCUUUCUUUGUUUUUGUUGGGUGCUCUUAUUAUUAUCAUCAUCAAAAUUUAGAUUAGAUUUUGUAUAGUGAGAUUUUGAGGUGUUGAAUGUGAUUUGAGGGUGGAAUCAUUA